AUGGUUUGGCCACCAGAACCCACCUCGGAAUUCGACUGGAACAAUCUCGGGUUCGCCAUCACCGAAGUCGCCGGCCAUGUCGAGACCUACUACAGCAGGAAGGAGGGCAAGUGGACAGAACCCCAAUGGAUCACAGACCCAUACGUUAAGAUCCACGGGCUGGCACCUGGAAUGAACUAUGGUCAACAAUGUUACGAGGGCCUCAAAGCCUUCCGUCAAAAGGAUGGUCAAAUCCGUAUCUUCAGACCUGAACAAAACGCCCUUCGCAUGCAGCACUCCGCAUCCUUCAUCUGCCUCCCAGAACCCCCCGUCGACCACUUCCUAAAAUGCGUUCAUCUCGCCGUUGCCAAUAACGCCGCCUAUGUCCCACCAUACGGUCUAGGUGCUGGAAUGUACAUCCGUCCGCUCCUUUUCGCUACCGGUGAACAAUUGGGUCUCAACCCGCCAACCGACAAGUACACACUCUUCGUCUACGUUAUCCCCACGGGCGUUUACCACGGAACACAUCCUAUUGACGCUUUGAUUCUCGACGACUUUGAUCGUGCGGCACCACAGGGAACCGGAAGUGCUAAGGUUGGAGGGAACUACGCUCCUGUAACACAUAUUGAGGAGUUCAGCACAUCGGGUUUCAUUGGUAUGAUCCAUGAAAAUAAGGAAACCGGAGAGCCAGCCAAGAUCGUAGUCCCACAGAGCAACAGCGUUAUCAACAGUGUUACAGUAAACAGCUGUAUUGAAAUCGCAAAAUUCUUUGGAUGGAAUGUUGAGUAUAGACCCGUCCAUUAUGACGAACUAUCUACCUUCAACGAAGUCGUGGCCGCCGGUACCGCAGCUGCUUUGGUCCCAAUCAAGAGUAUAACACAGCUUAGCAAGGAUGCUAAAUUCGAGUAUUUGAAGGAAGACGAACCAGGUCCAAUGAUGAAGGAACUCGUCAGAGUUCUCAAGGGUGUCCAGCAAGGGAACGAGCCGGAUACCUUCGGGUGGUGUCAACUUGUUUCGGAUCCUAAUGCCACCAGUAACGGCCAUUAA